GUCCCCGCUGCUGCGCUCCCGCUUUCCCGCGACCCCUGAGCUCCUGCAGCUCGCUUGCCUGUCCUUUGCCGGUGUCGCCGCUACUGCCCGGCCAUGGCGACCUGCUUUCUGCGGCGGAGCUUCUGGGCCGCGCGUCCUGCCCUGCCGCCUCCGGGCCGACUCCACCCCGAGCCCGCAGGAGCCCAGCGGCGGCGAAGCUACGCCGGCGGCCCCGCUGGCCUCCACACCGACCUACUCCGCGGGGACAGCUUCGUGGGCGGCCGCUGGCUCCCAGCCCCCGCCGCCUUCCCGGUGUACGACCCGGCCAGCGGCACCAAGCUGGGCACCGUGGCCGACUGCGGGGUACCCGAGGCCCGCGCUGCUGUGCGCGCCGCCUACGAUGCCUUCGGCAGCUGGAAAGGGGUCUCGGUCAAGGAGAGGAGCUCAUUACUCCGUAAAUGGUACGACUUGAUGAUACAAAAUAAGGACGACCUUGCCAAGAUCAUAACGGCCGAGAGCGGAAAGCCACUGAAAGAGGCUCAGGGAGAAAUUCUGUAUUCGGCCCUCUUCCUGGAAUGGUUCUCAGAGGAAGCUCGCCGUAUUUACGGAGACAUCAUCUAUACCUCUGCCAAAGAUAAGCGAGGGCUGGUCCUCAAGCAGCCGGUGGGCGUGGCGGCCAUCAUCACGCCGUGGAAUUUUCCCAGUGCCAUGAUCACCCGGAAAGUGGGGGCCGCCCUGGCAGCUGGCUGCACUGUAGUGGUGAAACCUGCUGAAGACACACCCUAUUCUGCCCUGGCCCUGGCUCAGCUUGCAAGCCAGGCGGGAAUCCCUCCAGGUGUCUAUAAUGUCAUCCCCUGCUCUAGAGCCAAGGCCAAGGAGGUGGGGGAGGUGCUAUGUACCGAUCCACUGGUGUCCAAAAUUUCCUUCACUGGCUCAACAGCGACGGGAAAGAUCCUGCUACAUCAUGCAGCAAAUUCUGUGAAGCGUGUCUCCAUGGAGCUGGGUGGCCUCGCCCCAUUCAUUGUCUUUGACAGUGCCAAUGUGGACCAGGCUGUCGCAGGGGCAAUGGCAUCUAAGUUUCGGAAUGCCGGGCAGACUUGUGUUUGCGCAAACAGAUUCUUGGUACAACGGGGGAUCCACGAUUCCUUUGUAGCGAAGUUUGCAGAAGCGAUGAAGAAAAGCCUGCGUGUGGGUAACGGGUUUGAGGAAGGAACCACUCAAGGGCCGUUAAUUAACGAGAAAGCGGUAGAGAAGGUGGAGAAGCACGUGAAUGACGCAGUUGCCAAAGGGGCGACGGUUGUGACAGGCGGGAAGCGACACCAAAGUGGAGGAAAUUUCUUUGAGCCCACCCUGCUCAGCAACGUCACCAGGGACAUGCUCUGCAUCACCGAGGAGACCUUUGGGCCCCUGGCACCAGUCAUCAAGUUUGAUAAAGAGGAAGAGGCCGUUGCCAUCGCAAAUGCAGCUGAGGUUGGAUUAGCAGGUUACUUUUACUCUCAAGACCCAGCCCAGAUCUGGAGAGUGGCGGAGCAGCUGGAGGUUGGCAUGGUGGGCGUCAACGAAGGCCUGAUCUCUUCAGUGGAGUGUCCUUUUGGUGGGGUCAAACAGUCCGGCCUUGGGCGAGAAGGGUCCAAGUACGGCAUUGAUGAGUAUCUAGAGGUCAAGUAUGUGUGUUACGGAGGCUUGUAGGGUUCUUCACGUCUUUAAGAAAUAAAACUGCCUAGAUCUGUAGGGACAUUCCAUUCAUUUUUUACAACAAACAAGUAGGUUAUCAGAGUUACGAAUUUUUAAAAUUUCAGCCAGUCCUCAUAUCUUAAAUGUAAAUCCUAACCCCUCCCUUAUCUAACUAGGGACCAAUGGACGCCAUAUGCCUGUGGUCAUGGGUCCCAGCCAGUACUGAGACCCCAGCACAACCCCACUGCCUUAGGACAAGAUACAGUGUGAGGGUUCACAUGCACUCUGGCACCUCACAAAGUGUAGUCAUUGUGUGGGCAGUGGGUCUCCAGUCCUUAUGGGACUGUCCAACUUUGGUUCAGAAUGCAGAGGAGUAGAUGAGGUAAUAGGACAGCUGGAUUGGGAGGAGGUGCACAUCCCUGCCUAGGCAUCUGUCAGUUUUGACAAACAGUGGGCUGCCUGUUGGGGGGCGAGUGUUGUGGCAAAGGCUUUGGUUUCCUAAGAUUUCUUUAUAAACCUCACAGAUUGCCUAUGUUAUAUGGAACGAGGAGGUGUUUCUCCUUGUUUUUGGGAUGCUGUUUAAAUUACUAGGAGUAGGGUUGUUUUGUUGUUGUUUUUGUUUUGCUGUUUUUGUUUUGUUUUGCUUUGCUUUCUUUGGUUCAUCUUGGUGUGGCUUGGCUUUAUGCAACAGAGUCUUGCUAAGUAGCAUAGCUGGCUUCAAACUCACAGGUCUCCUGUCCCAACCUCGGAACAGCUGGGUAAAUGUCCUAAACCUACAGCUCACGCUUCAUUCUGUUCCUCUUAGAAAAUCAACCCUAACUGGCAGCCAAAAUCAGCAGAGUGGGGUUGGUAGGACGGAAAACAUGGCUUUGUUUCUUUUCCAGUGCUGGGUGUUGGUUCCAUGGCCUUGUGCAUACUCGCAUGUGUCCUGCUACCAAAUUGUCCCCAGCUUUUUUCUUUGAGACAAGAGUCUUGAUAAAUCACACUGGCUGGCCUUGAGCCGCUUACUGUCCUGCCUCAGCAUCCGUUGUAACUGGGAUGACAGGCCAGGUCGAGGGACAGCAUGGACUCUCAGCUGCUUCCUGCUGCCUUGGCAAUGCUCUUAGGACUCCAUGCCCCACUUACAGAGAUUCAUGCUUGGCUCAAAGAACAUUGUGAGCCUGGAAGAAAAAUAAAUGCUUCACAAAAUGGUGGAAAUGCAGCUCAAGUACAGGAACCAUUUUGAUUCCGAGCAGUGCCUCCUUGUUCACCUGCCUAAGUGUGACCCAGGUUUUCUGUGCCUGGGUGUGGCUGCUGCUAAACCUGCAGAAGGGCAAAUACACUUUCACCACUGUGGAAAACCAUUCCCACAAUUGCCAGUCCGCUGCGGAAGAGAGCUGAAGCAUGCAUUGCAGGGACCUGUGCCCUAGGAAAAGCAUUUAUGGUUCACGACUCAAAAACAAAACACCACACAGGGACCACAAGGUAGCUUGAUGGGUAAAGGCUUUGCUGGACAAGCCUGGUGACCUGAGACCUGAGUUCCAUCCCUGGAACCUACAGAAAGACAGAGAGAACCAACUUGAUAGUGUUGGCCUCUGACCUCUGCAAAUGCAUCAGAGACAUGCACUCCCAUAAAUUCAACACACACACACACCAAAACUCUCUGCAACUGCCCCAUAGGCAACAGUGGAGUGGAGCUCCGCGUUCCAUGCCCGUCUGUGCAGAGUCCACUCGCAUACUCUGUGGAUGCCCAGUGAGACUCCAACGGGAAUGACAGCAGAGCUAGCUAGCUGCAGGGCUUCCUAACCACUGGGAACCUCCCAUAGGGAAGUCAUGGUUCUUAAAGCCCUGUCGUACAAGAAGAAAGUAGAAAUCUUCAUCCUACAGACCCUGCCCAAGUGGUCAGGGUCACAACUCAGGAUGUUCACAGCCUGUUUAUGCUAUUCUUUUCAAUAGUGUGUAUAGUUGGUUUCUAUCACACUUUCUAAUUAAGAUUUUAAUUGUUUUAUGGACAUGGGUGUUUGCAUACAUGUAUAUCUGUGCACCACGUGCAUGCUGGUGCCCUCAAGGGGUCAGAAAAGAGCAUCAGAUCUCCUAGAAAUGGAGUCAUAGAUGGUUGUAAUCUGCCUCGUGGGUUCGAGGAAGCGAAUCUGAAGAUGAGCAGCCAGUGCUCUUAACUUCUGAGCCAUCUUGCCAGCCCCGAUAUUUCUAACUUCUUAAGAUUUGUGUCCAUCUUUUUUUUCAAUUAAGAAUAAUACAAAAUGCUCUGCUGGUAUUUUGUAGAAAAUGAAUGUGCCUACUGAGAUAUGAACUAAUUUCAGAUAUGCGUUAAACGGUGUCGACCAGUGGGUUCCUGGACUGUGUGGCACAUUUGUACAUUUUGUGUGUGCAUGUUUGAUUCAUGGGGUAGAUCACUGGUCCACACGUUUGUUAUAAAUGUAAUUGAUUUUUAUAAUUUAAAAUAAUGGGAGUAGAUAUUAGUGGUAAAGCAUAUACUUAGCAUACUGGAGACCAUGGGAUUAAUCAUCACCAAAAAGUUAACACGAAAGAACAUCUCAGAGAAAUGCUUGUGGGUUAUAGGAAGAUGAGGAGUUUGGUUUUUGAUAUUUUUUUUAAACAGGAUCUCCUGUUGGCCUUAAACUUUUAGGCUCGAGUGAUCCUUAGUCUCCCAAAUAUCUACAACUGUAGGCAUGUUGUCACCAAAUCAGCUAAGAGUAGAUUUUUUUUUAAUUAUUUUUAGGGGCUUUUGAGUUUGGACCUCAUGUAGCUGAGGCUCACCUGGGGACUCUCCUGCCCUCCCUCCUGUGCUGGAAUUACAUGUGCUACCACGCCCAGCUAAGGAGUGUUUUUUGAUGAACCUUUGUUACUGUUCUAUGAGAUGUAUGACAGGUGGAAUUUUUGAAGAUGUCUAUAAAGUUAUAUAAGGACAGGGAUUAACGAACACAACGCGUAAGCCAGAUCUGACCUGCCACCUGGGUUUUGUAUAACUCACGAGUUUAAAGUGUUUUUAUAGAUUCCAGUGGAUUGGGGUGGGUUAGAACCAUUAUUUCAUGAAAUCUGUGAGUGAACGCCACCUCAGUGCCCCAUGUCUGAGUGGCUGUGCUGUAACAGUGUGGCCUGCAGAGCCUAAAGGAUUUACAGCCCCUCCUCUAUGCCAAGCAGGAGACACUGGCCUCCCUGUUUAUUAGGCAUUUUAUCCUAUAAACACCUUCUGUGAAAAGGGCACAUUUCCUGGGCAUUUGUUGCCAGGACUUCUUGGCAGUAAUUGGGAACUCAAAUGACAUCAGCCUGAUAACCCUGUCUCCCAAGGAGUGGGGCUCACUGAAAGUGUCAGGGUUCAUCUGUCUUUUUCCAUUUGAGGGCCCUUCUGCUGAUGGGGUGGGGUGGGGUGGG